UUAUAUAGAAGUGUGGAAAUUGGUUACACCAGUGUACUUUAGUAAACUUUUUUUCUACGCAGGUUCACCUGUAGAGACUUCUCCAGAGGAGCAGACAGCCUCUUAUGAAGGUUCAAAUGCUGCUGUUAACAUGGAAAUUUCAGAAUCUGUUGUGGAAAAUGGAGAGACAGAGAUGUCCCCAGAAGAGUCAUGGGAACAUAAAAAAGAAACAAGUGAAGCAGAACAAGGAAGUGGUCCAGUAGUGGAUGCAGGACCUUCGGAAGAAGGCACUCAGGAAAUGAUGGAAGAGGAGGAGGAAAUACCAAAACCGAAAUCUGUGGUAGCACCACCAGGUGCUCCUAAAAAAGAGCAUGUAAAUGUAGUAUUCAUUGGGCAUGUCGAUGCUGGCAAGUCAACUAUUGGAGGACAAAUAAUGUAUUUGACAGGAAUGGUUGAUAAAAGAACACUUGAAAAAUAUGAAAGAGAAGCUAAAGAAAAAAACAGAGAAACCUGGUACCUUUCAUGGGCCCUAGACACAAACCAAGAAGAACGUGACAAAGGUAAAACAGUCGAAGUAGGUCGUGCCUACUUUGAAACUGAGAAGAAACACUUCACUAUUCUAGAUGCUCCUGGGCAUAAGAGCUUUGUUCCAAAUAUGAUUGGUGGAGCUUCUCAAGCUGAUCUUGCAGUGCUGGUUAUUUCUGCAAGAAAAGGAGAGUUUGAAACUGGAUUUGAAAAAGGUGGACAGACGAGAGAACAUGCAAUGUUAGCAAAAACAGCAGGUGUAAAACAUUUAAUAGUUCUUAUUAAUAAAAUGGAUGAUCCAACUGUAAACUGGAGUAAUGAAAGAUACGAGGAAUGUAAAGAGAAACUGGUCCCGUUUUUGAAGAAAGUUGGCUUUAAUCCCAAGAAAGAUAUUCAUUUCAUGCCCUGCUCGGGACUCACUGGAGCAAACCUUAAAGAACAGUCCGAAUUCUGUCCUUGGUAUAUUGGAUUACCAUUUAUUCCAUAUCUGGAUAACUUGCCAAACUUCAACCGUUCAGCUGAUGGACCAAUCAGGCUGCCAAUAGUGGACAAAUAUAAGGAUAUGGGCACUGUGGUCCUUGGAAAGCUGGAAUCAGGCUCAAUUUGCAAAGGACAGCAGCUUGUGAUGAUGCCAAACAAGCACAACGUGGAAGUUCUUGGAAUCCUUUCUGAUGAUGUAGAAACUGAUUCAGUAGCCCCUGGUGAAAACUUAAAGAUCAGACUGAAAGGGAUUGAAGAGGAAGAGAUCCUGCCAGGAUUUAUUCUCUGUGAUUCCAACAACCUGUGUCAUUCUGGACGCACGUUUGAUGCCCAGAUAGUGAUAAUUGAGCACAAAUCCAUUAUCUGCCCAGGUUACAAUGCUGUGCUGCACAUCCACACUUGUAUUGAAGAAGUUGAGAUAACAGCCUUAAUCUGCUUGGUGGACAAAAAAACAGGAGAAAAAAGUAAGACACGGCCUCGCUUUGUGAAACAAGAUCAAGUAUGCAUUGCCCGUUUAAGGACAGCAGGAACUAUCUGCCUUGAGACAUUCAAAGAUUUCCCUCAGAUGGGUCGCUUUACCUUAAGAGAUGAGGGUAAGACCAUUGCAAUCGGAAAAGUUCUGAAACUGGUUCCAGAGAAGGACUAAGCAUUUUUCUCAAUGACCCCCGCGUAAUACUGUGAGGAAAAUCGACUCUGCAAAAGCCUACUUCACACCGCCUUCUUAUUUUCUGCCCAUUGAUAAACUUCUCCCCAUAUUUUGCAAAGACAAAUUUCACAGCAAAGGUCCACAUUAUGUCAGCUUUCUCAUAUUGAGAGCUCUGCUAUGCCACUGAAUUUCCCCCCCAAAAUUUUUUUUCUCUGAAAUUCUGCUUCCUUGGAAAGAUUCGGCAAUAGCUUUGUAGUCAUGUGGACAUAAUUGCCUAUAAUUAUGAAAUUCUAACGGAUUUUUAAUGUUUAAUUUCCCCUGACAUAUAGAGACUUUCUUUUUUUUUCCAGGCAGAUAAUUCAGAGUGUGCGAGUGUGUGUGCACAUGUUACAAAGAUGACUACCAUGUUAAUAAAAACUAUUCAAUUUGAAAUCUUUUUCAGUAUUUGAAUUGCUUUUGAAUAAUGUUUUUUAUCCAGACAGUUGCAUUAGCUUUUUAACUGUCCAGUAACCUAGAUACUUGGUUACUUGGAUUUUUCUAAACUUCUCAGCCUCCCCACACGCACAGUUUUAAAUGAGGCAAUUAGGCACUCGACCAAGUUUGUAAUUAAAUAAUUUGUUUUGCCCCUUUCCUUUGCUCAGUGCAUAUUUAAAAUUAAAAACAUUUGUGCUAAUGUGCACCUUGAUUAGUUUUACAUUAUUAAUAUUUCCAGCAAACUUAGGUUGACUUAACAUCACUAUUAGACACACAGUCAAUUUUGCAGACUAGAACUACAUAUUGUCUUUAUAAAAAUCCAGCAUUUUAAAAUUCUUAUCUGCAGAGAAUUGCAACAACCGGUAAAUCAGUGAAAUUGCAAAAAUAAAAACUGGUGGCAGUAGUGCCUACUAAUAUUUGUAAGAGCUGCAUUUUGUGGGAGAACACGGUCAAUUAAAAUGUGCCAGUUAUGUAAGUUA